GUCAUUUUGGCGGGAACAAACAUCAUGGCUGUACAACCAAACCAACAACUUGUACUUGAUUCAAGCCAGGAACAAGGUUUUAUUUCAUUCUACCGAGGGUUACCAGAGAAAGCCGGUACUACGUUUCGGGUUUUCGAUAGACUGGAGUACUAUACAGUGCAUGGACAAGAUGCAAUCUUUGCUGCUAAAGAUGUGUUCAAAACGAUGGGUGUGAUAAAGUAUCUUGGGGCAGGUUCCAACAAAUUGGAAUCCGUUGUCCUGAGCAAACUUAACUUUGAGUCAACAGUACGUGACCUGCUGCUAGUUCGUCAAUAUCGUGUAGAGGUCUAUCAAAAUAAACGCUCGGGGAAGCAGAAUGACUGGGCAGUGGCAUUCAAGGCUUCGCCAGGAAACCUCACACAGUUUGAGGACAUACUAUUUGGGAGCAACGACAUGGCAGAGUCUCCCUGCAUCAUUGCAGUGAAGGUCACCGUUCUCGAUGGCUCGCGAAUCGUUGGUGUCGGCUUCUCAGACGCAACCAUGAAAAAACUCGGAGUCUGCCAAUUCCCUGACAAUGAUCAGUUCUCAAAUUUUGAGGCAAUUCUGGUUCAACUUGGUCCCAAGGAAUGUCUUCUGCCUCAGGACCAGUCUCAGGACUAUGCCGUCAUUAAGCAGGUUUUAGAGCGAGGAGGAGUGCUGGUGACUGAGCGAAAGAAGGGUGAGUUUAACAACAAAGACAACAUCCAGGAUCUCAAUCGUUUGCUUCGGUUCAAGAAGGGAGAGCAACCAAACAGCGCUGCCCUCCCGCAAAUGGACAAGCAGACAGCAAUGUGCUCAGUCGCUGCAUUGAUCAAGUACAUGGAGCUUCUACAGGACGAGGCCAACUUUGGUGUCUUUAGCAUAGAGACGUUUGAUCUCAGCCAGUACAUGCGGUUGGACUCUGCUGCAGUGAAUGCUGUCAACCUGUUACCUGUGCCUGGACAGGGGGGAAAUAAAUAUCAGAGUAUUUUUGGACUACUGGACCACUGCAAGACUGCUGCUGGCCACCGGUUACUCGCACAGUGGGUGAAACAGCCUCUUGUAGAUCUCAACCGCAUAGAGGAACGUCUGAACGUUGUUGAGACAUUGGUGGAGGACACUGAGCUAAGGCAGAUAUUGGAACAGGACCAUCUGCGCAAGGUUCCUGACUUUCAGAGGCUGGCCAAGCGAUUCCAGCGCAAGAAUGCCAACCUACAAGACUGCUACAAGGUUUACCAGGGCUUGGAAAAGCUACCCCAUCUAUUGGAGACAAUUGAAAAGCACAGCGGUAAACACCGGAGUCUCCUAAUGGCCCACUUCAAUAAUCCCCUCACGGAGCUACUCAUGGACUUUGCAAAGUUUCAAGAAAUGGUUGAGAGCACUCUGGACCUGGGACAGGUUGAGAACCACGAGUACCUCAUCAAGCCAGACUUUGAUGAGAAUCUGCAGGCACUCCGAGAGAAGAUGGACGAGUUGGAAGCCGAUAUCAAGUCGCAGCUAAAAAAGGCUGCCAGAGAUCUUGGACUAGAAGCUAACAAGACUAUCAAACUGGAAUCCAAUGCCCAGAUUGGCUAUUUCUUCAGAGUAACCAGAAAGGACGAGAAAGUUUUGCGCAACAAUAGAAAUUACUCAACCAUCGAUGCCAAGACCAGCGGUGUACGUUUCAACAGUAGCGCCCUCAGGCGGCUGAAUGACGAAUACAUGUCAGCGAAGGGCGACUACAGUGAUCAGCAAAAAACACUCGUUGCUGAGAUCAUUAACAUCGCAGCUGGAUAUGCAGAACCCAUGCUCAUGCUCAGUAACAUCGUCUCGGAGCUUGAUGUGCUGACGAGCUUCGCUCACGCUGCCACUGCCGCACCGCUGCCCUAUGUUCGACCUAACAUGCUGGAAAAAGGCUCAGGUAUUCUCCUUCUGGAAGAGGCUAGGCAUCCCUGCUUGGAAAUGCAAGAUGGCGUAGCCUUCAUUCCAAACCGUGUCGAGUUUCACAAAGAUGGUCACAUGUUUCACAUCAUCACGGGACCGAACAUGGGUGGAAAGUCGACGUACAUCCGCAGUGUGGGCGCCAUCGUGCUGAUGGCGCAGCUCGGCUGCUUCGUGCCGUGCACCUCCGCGCAAAUCUCCAUUGUUGACGCCAUCAUGGCACGCGUCGGCGCCGGCGACAGCCAGCUCAAGGGCGUGUCGACCUUCAUGUCAGAAAUGCUGGAAACUGCAGCCAUACUCAGGUGCGCGACUAGUGAUUCACUGCUCAUCAUUGACGAGUUGGGACGCGGUACGUCUACGUACGAUGGCUUCGGCUUAGCCUGGGCCAUCUCAGAGCACAUUGCGAAGAACGUGAACGCAUACACGCUGUUCGCUACGCACUUCCACGAGUUGACCGCGCUCGCGGACGAAGUGGCGAGCGUGAGCAACCUUCACGUGACAGCGCUUACGAGUGACGACACGCUCACGCUGCUCUACCGCGUCCGGCCAGGCGUCUGCGAUCAGAGCUUCGGAAUCCACGUGGCCGAGCUCGCCCACUUUCCGAAGAGCGUCGUGGAGUUUGCAAGGAAGAAAGCAAAUGAGCUGGAAGACUUUCAUACAGUCAGCACGCAUGGCAUAACAGAGAUGUCGACGGAAGAGGGAUCAUCUCCAGCAAAGAAGCGCAGACUUGCCAAGCAGGAUGGAGAAGAACUGAUCCGGAAAUUUCUUGCGGAAGUCAGAGAUCUUCCACUAGAUGGGAUGAGCCAGGAGGAUGCCGCAGCGCACAUCGAGAGGUUGAGGGAACAAGUGGUUGCAGCCAAAAACCCUUACGUCAACAACCUGAUAGGAAGACAGGACGAUUGAUGAGUCAUGUAGCUCACCUACUCCACAUAGAAACAACAACAGAUCGUUCCUGACCUUCAAGAUUGUUGGAAAUCAUGAUUUAACAAACUUGCUAGCUUGUAGUUAGCAAUAGUCACAAGCUUUGUGGCAAUAAUAUGUAAAUAACUGACUGCAAGGGAAGAGAGGAAUACAUGGUACCUGCAUUUAAUCAAGACUUUCGUUGAACGUCAAUAAGUUUUUGUCUGCUGCCUGUGCAAAUAGUAUAGCAUGUAAAUUGGUUAGUCGCAAAUAUAUGUGUUAGUGUUUGUAAAUGAU